AUGCCUCAUUGGAAUGAACAUAUUUGUGAUUUAGAUGAGAAUGUUACAAUGAAGAAUAUAAAUACAUGUAUUAAUGGGUCUUUAGAUAAAAAUGAUGAAAAAUUCAUCUUUCCUUCUAAACAUCUAGAUAAUCUUAAGCUGUGUAAGUUUAAUGUUGGAAUGGCAACACUUUUUCCAUACUCAGAGAUAGAACAUAAAGAGUCACUAAACACUUUAGAUCGUUUAGAAGAGAACGAAAUAUUUGGAUCUGAUUUAGAAAUCAUGAAGAUAAUGGCGAAAAAAUUUAAUGCUACUCUUGAAAUGUUUUACAUCAAACGGAGUGAAGAGAACGCUUUGUUACAAAAGGAUUACGUUAAAUACUUGCUGAAUGGUAGCCUUGAUGCGUGUGCUGGAGGACUUUAUAAUAUAUAUGGAGAUGUUGUAGCCUAUUCCGGAAUAUAUACUCGGCAGUCAGUUAUUUGGAUCUAUACUGUAGAACGAGAAAAGAGAUCUUGGCAAGCCUUAUUGAGAAAAACUGGUGGCCUCUAUAUAUUUCUAAUAUUUUUGGCGUCUUAUUCCAUAAUAUGGAAAUUGUUUUGUCAAUUUGACGGCCGUGCAGUUUCAUUGAGCAAUACCAUUCUCUAUAGUUUUGGUGCACUUGUUGGUACAACGUCUUUACUAGACGCGAUGUCCUUGAAACAGAAGAUUCUGAACUUAUCAUACCUCAUACUGUGUUUGCAUCUAUCUUCUUACAUAAGUACUCAAAUGUAUUAUUAUCUAACAGUUGAGAAUCCGCCACAAACGAUAAAAACAAUAGACGAACUUGCUAUAUCCGACAGAACCCCAUACUUAGUCCCAGGAAAAAAAUAUUUUUUAAAUAAUGAGAAAUAUAUAGCAUUUGCAAACACAUCGCGUGAUUGCGAGGAUUUUCUAGAUUGUGAGAGAUCAGUUCUGAAUAACAGAGGUUCAACACUUAUCUUAGAUGGAUUUUUACAACCCUUUCAGUCAUUAACUGCCGUUAAAGAUGAAUCAAGGAUAAUGAGAGUGGACGAAGAUGUCCUGGUGAUUUAUCACGAAAUGAUUAUGAGAAAAGAUAGUUCUAUGGUAAACAAAUUUCACAAUAUUAUACAAAGUCUUUUUGAAGCUGAUAUCCUAUUUCAAUAUGUGGACAGCGCAGUACCUAUUGAUAUAGAAAUAUACACAGGUAAAGUUGAAGCAGCGGCUAAAGAGCCAAAAUUCUUUACAAUGGUUCCAGAUAAAAAGCCGUUGAUCUCCAGGCGUCAGAGUGGUGAAGUGGAAAAUUUUAGAGAGGAUGAUAUGAAUGUAGCGGUUGAGACAACAACAAGCAAGCAAUAA